GGUUUUUCCUCCGUCGCGCCCAUGCGCGGGCAUCGCGCGAUUCUGAUCGCAUUGUCGAGCGUAUCGAGGCCGGUGUAUUAUUUCGUCUGCCUUUGCUUAAUUUAGAAAGAAAUUGAAAUUUAUGGAAUUGGAAUCCCACGAUCGUUAGCGCACCUAGAGACUGACAUCGCAUUUUUGCGAGGAUUUGGUGGCAGCCUGGCAGGUCAGGGGAAAUCGCUUAAUUUCGGAUGGGAUUUAAAUCCUUGUCAUAUGUUACCCCUUAUGAAGUUAGUUAGGAUGGAUCUCGAUUGGCCUUAACUUUUGCUUGAAUUCUUUAGCACGAAAUGUACUUCCCGCACCGACAACCAAAUUUAGCCAUUAGCAAACUUUGCUUCCUCCCUAAAUGUGUAUAAACUAGGAAAUCCCUGCAGUUAAGUGGUUCUCUGGAAUCCAAAAGAACAGGAAUAGGAAAAAUAUAAGAUUGAAAUGCCUACAAGUUGAAUACCACAUGAAGAAAAAACGCAAGAAUUAAUUGAAAGAGAUGUUUGGAUGCUACACAGGAAUUUUAAGAUCAGGGGUACUUAAUUUGGAUUAAAAGAGGAGAGAUAUAGGGAGGGACAUAUUGGAAUUGUCAAAGGAAAUUUUCCAUGAGGUUAGACCUCACGCUCUGAUUUCUCAAAAAGUUGAAAGAAAAAAAAAUCCUAUCUUAUGAUUCUUUUUUAUACAAUCCUAUGAUCCAAUGGCCACAUAUAGGAUUUUUUUUCUUCUCCUUAGGAUUAGAAUCCUCUAUUUUCUCUCUAAAAUUCCUAUGAUCCAAAGAGGGCCUAAACUUGUCGAGAGAAAACUAAGAAAUUAUCAUUCAACAAAAUCAUAUAAUUUCAAGUACUUCACGGCUUCACGCACUAGCACUAGUGCAUCACCUCUACGUUACUAGUAGUCUGCAGUCUGGUUGUGUUAGAGUUGCGAUGCUGCUGUGGUGGGACGAGGUUCGGGGAUUUUCAGGACUUGCGUGAGAAGUUCUUCUUACAGAAAAAGCCCGGGGGCUGUCAGCUCCCCGCGGUUCCUGUUUUUUUACUAGUCUGCAGUCUUGUGACCCAAUGCACCAUGCCACCAUACACCGUACGUGUAACAAUUGUUUCUACCUUCCUGGGCUCUUAAUAUAAUAGUCAAAGAUAGCAUUGACCAAGCUAUUCAAACUGAUAGGCCCAUAUAUCUUGUCACAUGUCCGUUCACUACUUCACUCCUAGCCUUCUUCUCCAAGUUGGGCACAUCCAUCUUGCAUGCUUGCUCCCAGUUUCUAAGCAUCAUUGGUGACACAUCGAUUGAUUCGUGCCAACCCAUGUCGAUACACCAUACAUACAUGCCAUUAAUUCCCUCUGAUCCUGAUCCACCAAGCACCCAACGAAACACAAGCUAAAGUAGUCUCAGCCUUUGUACACAAAUCUAGCAGGAGAUAAUGGCCGGAGGAGACGACUUGAAGCUGCUCGGCGCAUGGGCAAGUCCAUUCGUCACCAGAGUGAAGAUUGCCCUCGCCUUGAAGGGCCUGAGCUUCGAGUAUGUCGAGGAGGACCUCCGCAACAAGAGCGAGCUCCUCCUCGCAUCCAACCCGGUGCAAAAGAAGGUGCCCGUGCUCAUCCACAACGGCAAGCCUAUCUGUGAAUCACACAUCAUCUUGCAGUACAUCGACGAGGCGUUCUCCGGCACCGGCCCCUCCCUCCUCCCCACCGAACCCCACGACCGUGCAGUCGCCCGCUUUUGGGCCACCUACAUUGACGACAAGUCGAUGAGGGGCAAGACGGAGGAGGAAAAAACCGAGGGAAUUAAGAAGACGCUCGGGGCUGUGGAGACGCUGGAGGGAGCCCUGAGGGACUGCUCCAAAGGAGAGGGAUUAUUCUUCGGCGGCGACAGCAUGGGGCUCAUCGACGUCUCGCUCGGGAGCCUGCUGUCGUGGCUCAAGGCGACCGAAGUGAUGUCUGGUGCUAAAAUCUUUGACCCCAUCAAGACCCCGCUCCUGGCCGCUUGGAUUGAGCGCUUCAGUGAGUUUGAUGUGGCCAAGGCAGCCUUGCCGGAUGUCGAUAGGUUGGUCGAGUUUUCCAAGAAGAUGAAACAGGCUGCUGCGGCCGCUGCUGCUGCAGCUUCGGAGAACUAGUAAACUAAGCCAGUGUAUUUUUUCGUCUGUCCUACUUAAUUGAAAUGGAAAUUUAUGGAAUUGGAAUCCAAUGAUCGUUAGCGCCCAUAGACUCGGACGUCGCAUUUUGCGAGGAUUUGGUGGCAAGUGAGGGGAAGUCGCUUAAUUUCGGAUUGGAUU